AUGGUGCGCCCCGUCGAUCGGGCCGUUGUGCAACCCGUUACGCGCAUCGCUGGUCCCACCCGCCGCUCGCCCGUCGUCCCACCGGCUCGCUGUCCCGCUGCUGCUGCGCUAGCGACGACGACUUGCGCGAGGGCGCUCGUUGCGCCCUACCGUUACGACCCCAAUUUACCCGUGGACCCGCCAGCAAGAGAGCCAGCAGAUCCGCGGAUCCAUCCCGCCCCCCCCCACCGACAUCUGCCGCCCCAACCCCAUCUCCGGCUCCAUUUCCAGCGGCAAGGGGAGGAGGUGUGGCCCGAAGGGGACGGCUGGGGGAGGGGGAGUGGCGGGGUUGGCGGCUCAUGUAAGGGGGAGGUUGAGGGGGUGGGUGAUCCAUCUACAGCUACUGCCGCCACACCUCCCCCUCUCUCUCUCCGCCACUGCUGGAUCAGGGGCAUCAGCCGCCUCCUCCUCUCAUCCCCUGCCCCGUACCUCCCGUAUUGCCCGUACUUCCCCGUGCUUGCCCCGUGCGCGUGCCCGCGCUGUCUGCCCCGAGUUCCCCGUGUUUGCCCCGUGCCCAUGCCCGUGCUGUCCGCCGUGUUCCACGUGCCUGUGCUGUCCGUACCCGGUUGUGCCCCACCUGUUUCACCCGUGCUGUCCAUACCCGGUUGUGCCCCACCCAUUUCACCCGUGCGUCCCGUGCUUCCCGUGCUGCCCUCGUGCUCCUGUGCUGCCCCCGUGCUCCCGUACUGCCCCCCGUGUUCCCGUGCUGCUCCCGUGCUGUCCCCGUGUUCCCGUGCUGUCCCCGUGUUCCCGUGCUGCCCCCGUGUUCCCAUGCUGCCCCCGUGCUGCCCCGUUCUGCCUGUGUCGUGCCCGUUUCCGUGCCGUGUUGCCCCGUUCAGUCCUUGUCCUGUCCCGUUCUGCCUGUGCUGCCCCGUUGUCCCCGUGUUGCCCCGUUCAGCCCGUGUCCUGCCCCGCUCUGCCCGUGUUGCCCCGUUCAGCCCGUGUCCUGCCCCGUUCAGCCCGUGUCCUGCCCCGCUCUGCCCGUGUUGCCCCGUUCAGCCCGUGUCCUGCCCUGUUCUGCCCGUGCUGCCCCGUUCUGCUCGUUUGUGCCCUACCCGUGCUGUCCGUACCCGUUUGUGCCCCACCCGUGCUGUCAGUUCUCGCUCGUGCCCCACCCAGUCUGUGCUGCCCGGUCUCGUGCUGACCGUCACCCCCGUGCGGCCCGUCCCGUACAGCACCUAG